GUGCUGCGGGUGCAUGGGCUCCUUGAGCUGCUGCGCGAGCUUCAGAUUUAACCAUCUAAAUUUAAAAUUGACGGUUAAAAUGAACUUUAAGGAGGCUAAGAAUGAAAUUCUGCAUAUAUUAGGCAAAACAGAGCCUCAGGAUCUCGCUAAGCUCAUCGACUGGGUCACAAAAUCCGAUGAUCUUGAUGACUACUUGGUUGACAAUCAAAAGACUAUACUUAGAAGUAUUGCAGAUGAUCUCAGGCCUUGUCUUCCCCUUGAGGCUAUGUUUCCUUCAGAGACCAUGGCUAUUCAGAAGACCCAGCAGAACUCUAAACCUACUUUGCAUGUGGAUGCAUUUUUGUACAAUGAGGAAGUGGUUGAUUCCCUCUGUGAAGAAGGUAAAAUGAGUCGCAACUACUGUCUGAAUUGUGGGUCACAUAGAACAGCCCCUCUGGAAUUCAUCUCGCAUUCCUUUUCCAUUUCGGAGCUCCAGUUCUUGUUUCAUCACGUUCUCCCAGACCUGACAGGAAAGUUGGUUGUGGAUGUGGGUUCCAGACUAGGAGCGGUGCUCUAUGGGGGUUAUGUCUACAGUGCAGCAGCACGACUUGUUGGAGUAGAGAUAAGUGAAGAGUUUGUCAAGCUUCAGACAGUCACUGUGGAGAAGUAUGGCUUCAGUGACAGAAUUCAGGUGAUUCAUGCAGAUAUCUGUUCUCAGGCUGCAUUAGUGCAAAAUGCCGAUGUGCUGAUCAUGAAUAAUGUGUUUGAGUAUUUUAUGGAGGCCAGAGAUCAACUAAGGGCCUGGCAGUUUAUAAGCCAAAAUUUUCUAAAGAAAGGUGCGCUGUUGGUAACUGUUCCCAGCAUUCAAGAAGCUCUCAUGUCCCUGCAAGACACCAAUGGGCUGUCAGCGAUUGGACACUGGUUAGAGGAAGUGCCGCUUGAUUACAGUGUUUAUCUGAAAAAUGACGCAGACCCAGAUUCUCUCAAACAAAUACAUCUCUACAGAGUACUCUGACCCAGAACUCAGACACAAGAGACACAAAAUGUACUUCUAGGAUCUGUCUAUAAAUACACACACAUAAACAUUAGGCAGAUAUGUCCUCAGCAUUGCAUAUUAUUGAAGUACAUUCACAUGUAUACAUUUAAAAUGACCAGCAGGCAGUAGUGAUGCAGUGGGCCAUUAAUCUGACAGGACAACACUACUUUGUUAGACUGUUAUCACUAUUGUAUCGUUCAGUAUUGAGUAUUUAGCACAUUUGAAAGUCACUCUAGAUAACUUCAUGCUGUAAAUGUAAAUAUUCUUCAACAUUUUCGGUUUCUGUACCAGUACUCAUUGACUUUGUCUAUAGUUACUGUCUUUUAGAGCACAAGAAAAUAACAUGGACUGUCACCUGCCUUCGAUGAUCAAAUGAUUAUCAAUUUAAAAACUUCCAAGUCUCUGCUUGCUCAUUUUACUCACUUAAUGUUUAAAAAGUCUUGUAGCCAAGUUCAUCAUAAUUUUAAAAAAGCAGGUUUGAUAAAUGCACUAUACAGCCAAAGGUAUGUGGACACCUGUCUGUCACACCUAUAUGAGCUUGUUGAACUGAAUGAUUUUGAAGCAUGUAACCAUUCAGUCAAGAGAGCAUUUGUAAGGUAAAUCACUGAUGUUCAGUGAGAAGGCCUGUCUCACAAUCAAAAUUCAUUUUUAUCCCAAAGGUGGUCAGUGGGGCUGGAUCUGUGCAGGGCACUGAGGUUCCUCUGUACUAAACUUGCCAAUCCAUGUCUUUAUGGACCUUGCUUUGUGCACAGGGGCACAGUUGUACUGGAACAGGAAAUGGUUUUCUCCAAACUGUUGACACAAAGUUAGAAGCAUGUAAUUGUCUGAAAUAUCUUUGCAUUUUGUAGAGUUAGCAUUAUCUUUCACUGGAACUAAGGGGCCAAAACCCUGAAAAACAGCCCCAGACCUUUGUCCCUCCUCCACCAAACUUUACUGUUGGUACUUUAUACAUUCUAGUAGGCAGUGUUGUCCUGAAAUAUGCCACACUCAGAUUUGUUAUCAGACUGCUGUAUAGAGAAGCAUAAUACAUCACACCAGAAAACAUAUUUCCACUGCUCCAAAGUCUAUUGGCAGUGUGCUUUACACCAGCACUUGGCAUUGCGCAUAGUUAAACUUGUCUGCAGCUGCUCAACGUUAGAAACCCAUUUCAUGAAGCUCCUGACACAGUUCUUGUGCUGAUGUUGCUUCCACUGGCAGUUGGGAACUCUUUUGAGUGUGAUUUUUACAUACUAUGCACCUCCGUGCUUGGCAGCCCUUUGAGGUGUCAUCCUAUGACACUGUCACGUUUAAAGUCACCAAGCUCUUCAGUACAACCCCAUUCUUCUGCCAGUGUGUUUGUCUAUGGAUGUGCUUGAUUUUAUACACAUUAGUAAUUUGUAUAGCAGAAACAUCUGAACUCAAUAAUUAAGCAGGUUCUCAUAAUUUUUCCAUAGUAUACUUAACAGUUGGGGUCUAUAAAAAUUUGGUAUUGGUAAGAACAAUAGUUAAGAUCAUUGACUGUCAUUUUAGUUGUUCUCUGUGUACAAAUAAAGAUUACAUUUUUCUUUGUGGUAUGUUAGCUGAACAGCGUAGGGAUAACUGUACAGUAGAAAACUUUUUGCACUGAAGAUUAAAUACGGUUAAAUACUAAA